UUACAUUCUGCAUCCAGAAACUGUGAAAUAUGGACACUGCCAUGAGAACAGCGGCGAUCGUUCGAGCUCGUUCAGCUCUGUUCAUGACUGGAUCCGAGCACUGUACGGCGCCAGGAACGGGACCGGAGAUCACGGAGUGGUGGAUGUAGUUGUUCGGGAUCCGCGGGUCACGCUAUUAACACACGGCUGGAGUUUACGCGUUGUGUAGCGACGCUUGUUCUUUGUUGAGAGAUUGUUGUUGCGUUCUGCCUGACUGUUUUCAGAGGAGAGAAUCGCUCUUAAUUUCGGCCACUCUUGUUUCUUGGGCGGGACGAAGAGAUAAAUAAAAGAGUUGAGCAUGAGGAAUAACGAGGAGACUGAGGGCUUUGAUGGCGAGGCCUCCAACACCUCGAUGAUUUCAGGAGUCAAUAGUCCGUAUCAGCCGACCACCGAGCCCGUGCUCUCCAGAAACGUGUUCAGGGCCAUCAGGUGUGACCGGGAGUACCUCAAGUCACAUUUUGGAAUUUUAAAAGUCAUUGAAGUGGUUCUGGCUCUCAUCUCGUUCAUCUUCAUUGAGACCAUAAUGAUGUGCUCGCCGUGUGCCGGCGUCUACCUCUUUGAGUUUGUCAGCUGCAGUGCCUUCGUUGUCACCGGCGUCUUGCUCCUCAUCUUCAGUCUGAACCUGCACACUAAAGUGCCUCACAUCAACUGGAGUCUAACAGAUUUAAUCAACACUGCCACCAGCACCUUUUUCUUCUUUCUGGCUUCAGUGGUUUUGGCAGCUCUCAACCAUCAGUCAGGAGCAGAGAUUGCAGCUGUGAUUUUCGGGUUCCUGGUGAUGGCAGUGUAUGCCCUGAACACGUUUUUGGCAUUACGGCGAUGGCGCCUUGGGGACACUCGGGACGGACCCAUGCAGACCAGCGAGUACAUCCGGGCCAGGACAGCAUCUCGUGGAGAGGUGGAGUCUCGGCCUGAGCUACAGUAAAGAUCACAUGUUGCAGUGUGUGCUUUCAUGUCUUAGUGAUGGAGUCUGAUGACUGGCUAUUCAGGAUGAACAAACCUCUGGCAUCUUCAGCAGCCUCAGGCCAUCCUCAGUUAAAUACUGUAUCUUUCUGCUAAUUAAGGGCUUUACCUUACCAUGAUCUGGAUAAUUAUUGACUGAAACUGUGCUCCCGAACUGCUCCCAAAUGGCUAAUAAUGGCUGCAAUAAAACGGAGGAAGCUGAGAGUCACCGAUUGAAGGCUUUUAAGCUUAGCUCCAUCUCCCGGCUGCCUGUAUGAAGCAGCACAACUGUGUGGACGUUGUGUCAGAUCAAAAAAACAAUCCUGAUUUGUAGGCUGAUUUCGGGUGUGUUCACACUUGCAGUUUGUUUUGUUUUUUUGUUUGUUUAGUCCUGAUCAAAAAAAGAUUGGGUUUGGAGUCUUGGUUUGUUUAGCAGUCACAGGGUCAAUUUAAAAAUCCGAAUCCAAAGCUAAAAAAAAAAAA